AUGUCAGAUACAAUAAACACUUUAAGAAGAAGAACGAAUGAAGAGUGGAAAGCUACGCCCGGUAUUGCCGAACAGCAUGAGGAUCAACCCUCGACAAUCAUCGAUAAGAGAGACCAAACUCCCAAGCCACAACUAGAGUCGUGUUGUCCCUUAGCAACACCCUUUGAAAGGAGGUUGCAAACGCUGGCUGUGGCAUGGCACACAUCCUCUUUUGUAGUAUUUUCUAUAUUUGCAUUGUUUGCAAUAUCGACGCCGACACUAUGGUUUUUUGUUAUCCCGUACAUGAUCUAUUUUUUCUUUGAUAGAUCUCCUGCAACUGGUGAUGUGGUAAACAGAUAUUCCCUUCAGUUUCGUUCGUUAUCAGUUUGGAGAUGGUACUGUGACUACUUCCCCAUAACUUUGAUCAAGACCGCCGAACUGAAACCAACUUUUACGCUCUCAAAGAACAAGAACAAUAACGGCAAGGUGUACAAGAUCAGAUUGUGGCCAACCAAAUAUUCUAUCAACUUGAAAAGCUACUCUACCAUCGAUUACCGUGACCAGGAAUGUACGGGGCCAAAAUAUCUAUUCGGUUAUCAUCCACACGGGAUUGGUGCCCUGGGCGCGUUCGGAGCAUUUGCAACUGAGGGUUGUAACUAUUCUAAAAUCUUUCCAGGUAUUCCUAUUUCCUUAAUGACAUUGGUUACUCAAUUUCAUAUCCCUUUUUACAGAGAUUACUUGUUGGCAUUAGGUAUAUCUUCUGUGUCAAGAAAGAAUGCUUUAAGGACCUUAAGCAAAAACCAAUCAAUUUGUAUUGUUGUUGGUGGAGCCAGGGAAUCUUUGUUAAGUUCAACGAAUGGUACACAGCUGAUCUUGAACAAAAGAAAGGGAUUUAUCAAACUGGCGAUUCAGACAGGGAAUACCAACCUAGUCCCCGUGUUUGCAUUCGGAGAGGUCAACUGUUAUAACGUAUUAAACACAGAAGCGGACUCGACAUUGGGCAAGAUGCAAUUAUGGUUCAAGGAAAACUUCGGCUUUACCAUUCCUAUUUUCUAUGCAAGGGGACUAUUCAAUUAUGACUUCGGUUUAUUACCAUUUAGAGCACCAAUCAAUGUUGUCGUAGGGAGACCCAUUUAUGUUGAACAACAAAUAGUAAAUCCUCCAGAUGACGUCGUUGAUCAUUUCCACGACUUGUAUAUAAAAGAAUUGGAAAGAUUAUACUACGAAAAUAGAAACAAAUAUGGGAUAUCAGAAGCAGAAUUCAAGAUAGUUGGUUGA